AUGAGUCAGACUCCUACCCAUUACGAAGUUCUGGAUCUUCCAGAUGGCAUCCGGAAAACCGCCAUCAUUCCGAAGCAGACUCUUCGCACUGCUUAUCGAAGAGCAUUGCUGCGAAACCACCCAGAUAAAUCCUCGACCACACAGCCCACGAAAAAUGCAGGACGCGUCUACUCCAUCGAUCAAAUUAGCGAAGCCUUCAACGUCCUCAUAGAUGCGAGGUCUCGGGCGGACUAUGAUAAGGAUCUAGAGUUACAGGGACAAACCAAUGACAUCGGCGGUGUUGGGAAUCAGCAGAACUUCCAUACCGGUAUUGAGACCAUGGAUUUGGACGACCUGGAGACUGAGGAGGGUCAGGGAAUUUGGUAUCGAGGCUGCAGAUGUGGUGAAACCCGCGGAUUCCUGAUUGUUCAAAGGGAACUUGAAGAGGCUGUUGACGAUGGCGAGAUCGAUGUUGGGUGUCGAGGUUGCAGUCUUUGGCUCAAGGUGCUCUUCGCAGUCAUUGAUAUCGGAGACCGUGAUUCUGACGACGAUGAUCCUAAGUUCGAGUCCCCAGGGCUACUCAAGAAAUUUUAA